AUGUCAUUCGUGAGAGACAUAUCAGAUUCUAUAGAUGGCCUAUUGGCACACACCCUACCCGUUUGUACUCGAGCGCAGCUGCAAGAGUUAGACCAUGCAAUUCUGCGGGUCAUUGCAGACGUUAGGCAGACUCUGAACGAUCGUUGCCCUCUUGCUCACAGCGAGCGCCACAUUGCUCUCCGCGCCACACCGAAUGAAGUUCUCUCCUACAUCUUCCUGCAUCUACGAGGCUACCCUGAGGAUGAAGACACACCCGACCCGUCCUGGGUCAAUGUCCUCCUCGUAUGCAGACGAUGGCAUCGCGUGGCCAUUGAUACACCGAGCUUGUGGCGAGACUUGAACUUUGGGCGUAUGCCCAUCGACACGUCCCUACAGUACAUUCAUCGACAUAAAUCAUUGCCUUUUUUCGUUUGGUCACCAACGUUGGAUGCCGUAUCGUCUUUGACAUCGACCUAUCCCUCAUUUUCACACCAGUUGUCCCGCCUUGUUAUUCAAUCACCUCCCGACUUUGGCUGGCUCUCACCCGUUAACUUGCCAAAUUUGGAGGAGCUAUGGGUGUCUUCCUACACGGGUGAUGUUUCUGAAGAUCGUGCAUCCACGUCACUAUCCGAUUUUGGUGUGCUCCGCCUUAUCAACGUCACAGGCCUUAAGCCUGCUUGGAGCAUUAAACCAUUUCCACGCUCCGUACAGGAACUGUCCCUGGAUGUCACCGACGUACCAUGGCGCCCCUCUUCCUCACAGUUACACGAUUGCUUAGAGGAUCUCUGCAAUCUUCGAUCAUUCACCCUUGUGGGAUACGGUUUAAUCCAUUCUCCAAACGUCGAUAGACUCAUUCUCUCCGCCAUCGAAUACAUCUAUGUCACGCUACCAUACGCCGAUUUGGAUGACCUCGUUCGCUUUAUUCCUAUUCAAAACUCUCGCCCUUACUCGCUCUUCCUCCGCGGACCCCGAAUCCAAGUCCACGCGGACGACCCAGGACUUCAUUCACUAUUUCAUGCUCACCUCCGUCCAGUCGUAUUCCCAAGAUCUUUACCGUACACCUCCAUCCACAUAUCCAAGCAUGGAGACCUCCGAUCUUUCAUACUCCGUGAUGCGGACGAGCUCGAACUCUCUUUACCCAUAUCCCGUACUAGCUGGAACAUCAAUCCACUUCUUGAUUUAGUUGGAGUUGUGGAUAUCAAGCACGUAUGCAUCGAAGAGGAUCGGGGACUCUCUGUUUCCACUCGUCCACUCGCUCUCCACGACAUCGUCCCUUUCCUUCCAAACGCGACAAGCCUGACCAUACAGAGACAGGUUGGUGUGGAAGCCAGGGCAAUAUUAGUUGGGCUUGGGCAUCCGGAUGGUCAGGACCUGUUACCCUCAGCCGAAACAUAUAGGCUCAAAUGGCCUUGCCUCAAUGCUAUAACCCUGGAAGAUAUUGGCUACCCUGGAAUACGUGGACGACCGGCUCCUGUCAUCACGCAGCUCCGCCAAUUCCUGAUGUCAGUCCGUACGGGGGCUCCUCUUUUCCAGAAGUUGAAGAUCGUUAGGUGCUCGAUAGGAGAGGAGGAUGUACACGGGUGGAGGGAGUUCAUCCCCGAGGUAGAGAUCGUUCAAGGAGACCCAAUGGAAUCGUAUCAGGAGUGA